AUGCUGAAACUGAUCUUUUUAGUUUCCUUUAUCUGUCUUUUUGCCGGAUUUCAAGCUGAGGGAGUUACUGGGACCCCACCUCCUUCAAACCAGCCCCCAGUGACCCAACCAGCCACUGAUGUCCCAAUUGAAUCAUGCUCCACACCUGUGUGCAUUCUUCAACAGUUUGCCGAGCAAUUCAUGGAAAUCAUCCAACAAAUUUAUAAUUCAUUGGGGUACCCUGGUAUCGAAGAGAAGGAGAAAGUUCAAUGA